GCCGGGCGAAGGUCUUGCCACGUCAGUCGUUGGUCGUAACUGCUCUCGUUGAUAUGAACUUUGUCGAUCCUAUGAUGAUUUCCCGUUCACAACAUUAGUGGAUAUCAGUGAGCCAUGGAGGAGAGCCACUUGAAUCCACAGGGGGAGGAAGAGGAGGAGAAGGAGGAAGGGGAACUAGAGGAAGGAGAACUAGAAGAUGAGGAGGAGGAGGAGCCGCAGCAGCAGGAAGGGAGCGGGAAGCAGGAGGAACCAGCGCAAGAGCCUGACGACGGAGCGGCAGCCGCAGCGGGCGUUCAGGGUAGCUCUCCUUCCCGCCCGAACCACCACCACCACCACCACCAUCAUCACCACCAUCAUCAACACCAGCAGGAGGAGGACAAGGAGGGAGGCAAGGACGGGGAACUCGGGGCUGAAGAUGGCCCACUAGCGGAAGGGGACCACAAGGGAGAGGAAGAUGGGAGGAAGAGAGAGGGCAAGUCAAGCAAAGAAGAAAGAGGAAACACAAGAUGAUGAUGAAGAGAGAGAAAGAGAAGAAGAAAAGAAAAAGAGGAAACACGUAAGCAGUGAUGAGGAAGAGGAUGACUUGUCUCCUGUGCCGAAGUUCCACCGGAAGAUGAUGCCACAACCCUUUGAUGGCAACAUGGGCUUUGACGCCAUGCUGCAGCAAGAAAUGUACCUGAGGGGCCGGUCCCCCCCGCCGGGCAUGAUGCCCUACGGACCACCCCCACCUGGAGCGUUUGGCCCCCCUCACCCCAUGUUUAGGGGGCAUCCAAUGUCGGACUAUGACUCCUAUGAUUCUGGGGUUCGGUUUGACGCGAGAUGCGUGAGAGGCAGAGACGCAGGAGGCAUUCAAGAUCUCGCCAUCUUUUAA